CUUUUUCUCUUCUCUUUCUCCCAUCUAUCAGCAGAUAAGAGGUGAGUUAAGGAAAAGAAGAAAAUGGCUGGGGAUAUGAAGGUUUUGAAUGCACUUGAUUCGGCAAAAACACAAUGGUAUCACUUCACAGCAAUCAUAAUAGCUGGAAUGGGAUUUUUCACUGAUGCCUACGAUCUCUUCUGCAUAUCUCUAGUCACUAAGUUGCUUGGACGCAUUUACUACCAUGUCGAUGGCUCUUCAAAGCCUGGUUCACUACCUCCCAAUGUCUCCGCUGCUGUCAAUGGUGUCGCCUUCUGUGGUACCCUUGCUGGCCAACUCUUCUUUGGCUGGCUUGGUGACAAAAUGGGCAGGAAGAAAGUCUAUGGCAUGACCCUUAUGCUCAUGUGUAUAUGUUCCAUUGCUUCUGGCCUUUCUUUCGGUAGGGAGCCUAAGACUGUCUUGACCACCCUCUGCUUCUUUCGCUUCUGGCUUGGUUUUGGAAUUGGUGGCGAUUACCCUCUUUCUGCAACUAUUAUGUCUGAAUAUGCUAACAAAAAGACGAGGGGUGCCUUCAUUGCUGCUGUUUUCGCUAUGCAAGGAUUUGGGAUCCUGGCAGGUGGUAUUUUUGCCAUCAUUAUCUCUGCUGCAUUCCAGGCUUGUUUCAAGGCACCAGCCUAUGAAGAGGAUGCGCUUGGUUCAACGGUUCCUCAAGCAGAUUACGUUUGGAGGAUUAUAUUGAUGGUUGGGUCAAUUCCUGCCCUCCUCACUUACUACUGGAGGAUGAAGAUGCCUGAAACUGCUCGUUACACUGCUCUUGUAGCCAAAAAUGUUAAGCAGGCCACUGCAGAUAUGGAAAAGGUUAUGCAGGUUGACAUUGAGGCAGAGCAAAAAGAGCAUGCAGUUUCUUCUGUAAAGUCCGGCAAUGAAUUUGGUUUGUUCACGAAACAAUUUCUUAGUCGACAUGGACUUCACUUGCUUGGCACAACCAGCACAUGGUUUCUUCUUGACAUUGCAUACUACAGCCAAAACUUGUUCCAAAAGGACAUUUUCAGUGCCAUUGGAUGGAUUCCUGCUGCCAAGACUAUGAAUGCAAUUGAAGAGGUUUACAAAAUUGCACGGGCCCAAACUCUUAUCGCUCUCUGCAGUACCGUGCCUGGCUACUGGUUUACAGUGUUUCUCAUUGACAGGAUUGGCAGGUUUACCAUUCAAUUGAUUGGCUUCACAAUGAUGACAGUGUUCAUGUUUGCUCUGGCCAUUCCUUACCACCACUGGACUCUCCCUGGCCACCAUAUCGGGUUUGUGGUCCUCUAUUCACUGACCUUCUUCUUUGCCAACUUUGGACCCAACGCCACUACAUUUGUCGUGCCUGCUGAGAUUUUCCCUGCUAGAUUGAGGUCGACUUGCCAUGGAAUAUCAGCUGCAAGUGGAAAGUUAGGGGCAAUGGUGGGUGCAUUUGGAUUCUUGUAUUUGGCUCAGCCAGAAGACAAGGCCAAGGCUGAUGCAGGGUAUCCUGCUGGAAUUGGGGUGAGGAAUUCACUCAUUGUCCUUGGCGUGGUCAACCUUCUGGGAGCAUUUUUCACUUUCUUGGUUCCAGAAUCCAAGGGGAAGUCACUCGAAGAGAUGUCAAGGGAAAACGAAGACUCAGCUGAGGAAGGAGCAGAAGUGGAGGAUCAUUAAUCCGAUAACAGGAUAGUUCCUGUGUAAAAUUAGUUGCUAGUUUUCAUUUCUUUCCUUUAUAUAUUCUGCAAAGUUUCUAGCGAGGAUGAUAAGACCUCUGUUGUUUCCAGUAGUACUAUAUUUUCUUUAGUUCAAGCUAUUAGUGUAGAGAUUCUAUGUUUCAGGUAUCUGAGAUUCUGUAGCAACUAGAGUUCCAUAUGUUGUAUGUUUUGUGUCAUAUUAUUGGAUGCAGUGUAUAAGCUUCUGAUAUUAGUA